UAAACUCGACCUUAAGUGCUGUACUCGACCGAUGGAAGUUAUCUUUAGUUUAACAGCGCCUUGAUUCAUACCAGAACAGUUCAUCUGUAAGGCGUGGAUUAGUGUAAAUAGCUCCUGUACAGCGCUGAUGAAGCAGAGGAGCAGGCUAGCCAAGACCAUAAACUCGUCCUUAUCACCCUCCUCUCCAGCAUCAUCAUCAUCGCCAGUGCCGACUCGAGCGCCGGUCACCUGUCCCGCCUUUCUCCAGGGACCGCGUGCACAUCAGAGGUCAUCAUGAACGUGCAGGUGAUGCCCGAGCACAAGCUGGCGUCGGUGGCCCCUCUCAAACCGUACGCCGUGGAGAAGAAGGAUGUGGAGCUCAUCCUGGUCAAAGAGCACAACGGUUUGCAGUACACGAGCUCCCGCACGAGCACGUGCACCGAUAUGCCGGAGCGCGAGACUUGGGGCAAGAAACUGGACUUCCUCCUCUCUGUCAUCGGCUUCGCCGUGGACCUGGCCAACGUGUGGAGGUUCCCUUAUCUGUGCUAUAAAAACGGCGGAGGAGCCUUUCUGAUCCCGUACACCAUGUUCCUGUUCAUCGCGGGAAUGCCGCUGUUUUACAUGGAGCUGGCUUUGGGGCAGUAUAACAGAGAAGGGGCAGCCACUGUGUGGAAGAUCUGCCCUGUUUUCAAAGGUGUCGGUUAUACCGUGAUCAUCAUAGCUUUGUAUGUGGGCUUCUACUACAACGUCAUUAUAGCAUGGUCUCUGUACUAUCUGUUCUCCUCAUUCACGAGUGAUCUGCCCUGGCAGCACUGUAACAACACAUGGAACAGCAACAUGUGCAAAGACCCCAAGCUCAUCAAAAACAUCUCUCUCCUGGCUAAUGCUACCUACGCCAAGUACAAGCGAACGCCUGCUGCUGAGUUCUACGAACGAGAAGUACUGCGCCUCCAUGAGAGUCAAGGCAUAGAUGACCUGAAAGAACCUCGCUGGGAGCUGUCCCUUUGCCUUGUGGUGGUCAUCUUUAUUCUCUACUUCAGCCUGUGGAAGGGCGUAAAGUCCUCUGGAAAGGUGGUGUACAUCACUGCCACCAUGCCCUAUAUUGUACUUGUGGUGCUGCUGAUCCGUGGCAUCACACUACCUGGUGCUAUGAACGGAAUCCGUGCAUACCUCCACAUUGACCUCAAUAAGCUCAACAAUCCUCAAGUUUGGAUUGAAGCUGCCACUCAGAUUUUCUACUCUCUUGGAGCUGGUUUUGGUGUGCUUAUUGCCUUUGCCAGCUACAAUAAAUUUGACAACAACUGCUAUAGGGACGCCCUCCUGACCAGCACCAUAAACUGCAUCACCAGUUUCUUCUCAGGGUUUGCCAUCUUCUCAGUGCUGGGCUACAUGGCUGAUAAGCAUGGCAUCAGCAUUAAGGAAGUGGCCACAGAUGGGCCUGGGCUUGUGUUCAUCAUCUACCCGGAGGCCAUUUCCACUCUCCCUGGCUCCACUUUCUUUGCCAUAUUCUUCUUCAUCAUGCUUCUAACCCUAGGCAUUGACAGCUCUAUGGGUGGCAUGGAAGCAGUCAUUACUGGACUCUCAGAUGAUUUCAAGAUCCUAAGGAGAAACAGGAAAUUGUUCACCUUCAUCACUGCAUUUGGGACCUUCCUGGUUGCCUUAUUGUGCAUUACAAAAGGAGGGAUCUAUGUCUUCACCCUAUUAGACCACUAUGCUGCAGGGACAUCCAUUUUGUUUGGUGUUCUUGUGGAGGCCAUAGGAGUGUCCUGGUUCUAUGGGGUGGACAGAUUCAGUGAAGACAUUGAACGGAUGAUGGGCUUCAAGCCAGGACUCUACUGGAGGCUUUGCUGGAAGUUUGUCAGUCCUAUUUUUCUGCUGGUUGUGGUGAUUGCCAGCAUUGCCACUUCCAACACUAUGGAAUAUGAAAACUACAUCUUUCCUAGCUGGGCUACUUUGGUGGGCUGGGGCAUUGCCCUUUCCUCUAUGAUCUUCGUACCACUCUAUGCCAUCUACAAGUUCCUCAGUGUGCCAGGCACCUUCAAGCAGAGGAUAGCGUACUGUAUUACACCAGAGCACGAAUAUCAUCUGGUGGCAGAGGGAAACGUCAGGCAGUUCAAACUCAAACACUGGCUUGCCAUUUGAUGUGACCACUGGCGCUGGAAUGCCAUCAAAAAUCCCAGGCCGCUGAUGUGCCAUGUGUGGAACCUGAGAGAAAUGUGCCUCCAGUGAAGUGGACAAAGCAAAGCGAUGACGUCUGUGUGUCUCAACCACGUACCCUAUUGUCUGCACAACUCUGCUUCUGUCCUGUGGGUCUCUUUUUCUCAUUGGUAGAGAAAAAGUGUUUCUGUCUGUAUUUUGUUUGUUUUUAUUAUUAUUGUUGUUUUUGUUGUUAAAAUUAUUUUUAAAACAUGACACCUCCAAAAACCUCAAAGGUUGAAAAAAAAAAAAAUAUAUAUAUAUAUAUAUAUAUAUUUAUGACCUUUUUUUUUUAAUUAUUUGUAUUAAUUAUUUUUAUACUUCAUCUCAACCUGCAGAACAUUUAGCGUUUUUCCAAAGUUAAAAAUACACGUACACGUAUGUCACGUAUUUUACCUCUGUGUCUGUGUGGGUGGAGUGUGUAUGAGGGCCUGAACAGUAAACUAACACACAGUUAUUUCCUCUAAUAUUUUUUUCUAACCAUUUAUCCACUCAUUUUAGGCUGACACAUUUCCCAGCAAUUGUUAGGCUUUAACAGCAUAAGGAUCCCACACAUUCUUCUGUGUCCCAUAGCUGCAGUAAAACCAUUCUCACAAGUGUAUCCUGAAACCAUUUUUGCUUUGUAGAGACACACCACUGUGUCAGUGCCUUAUCAAGAAUCUACUGGUCACGUACUGACAUUUUUAAUCCUCUUUUAAUAAGACCAAAUAGGGGUUUACGCUGACCAAAGCAUUCAAAUUAACAGGAACCUUUACAGACAUGAUGGCAAGGAUACAUAUUAUCUUUAGGAAUUAACUAGAUAGCAUAGAUUCCCUAAAAAGUUACCAGAACUUAUGCGUAAUUGCAAAAAAUUUAUAAAAUCACUCCAAUGAUUGAGUUCUAUGUCAAAAUGUUAGCUCAUGCUAUAAAAUACAAAAUGUUAGGUCAGGCUAUAUAAUAAAGGAUAUUUAUCCUUAAAUUUGCACUGUGCCAAAAGAAUUCAUUUCUAUUAAAAAAAAAAGUGUCAUGUUCAAUAUUGUUCUAAAGCUCAUGUUAUCAAAAUGUAAGUUGUACACCAAAUGGAGCCGGAGCCAACUAGAUUAUAUACAGCUUAAAGUUUUUCUUUUAAAAACAAACCUCGGGUCACGGAUACAUGUUCUAUUAAAGGAAUCUCUCAAAGUGGUUUUAGCCUUUCGUCUUGAAAGCCUGUUAGCCUGACUUGGAGAAUAAAGACCAUCAAAUAGCCUACCCAAUAAAACAUAGAUUAUUUAGGUUAGGAUAGUUAUUUCUAAGACAGCCAAAAGAGACGGAAACUGUUAUAAACAAAUAAGAGUUUUGUUUGUGCUUGAAAAGAUUACAGAAGGAAGCGGUAGUUCAGUGGUUAAGACGCUGGAUUACUGAAGGUUAUGAGUUCAAAUCCCAGUACCCUGAGUAAGGCCCAUAACCCUCAACUACUUAGUUGAAUAAAUGAGAUUCAUGUAAGUCUCCCUGAAUAAGGGCAUCUGCCAAAUGCCAUAAAUGUAACUGUAUACAAACUUCUAUUUCUUGUGUUACACACGUACAACUCUCAUGCCCACAUCACAGUCUCUCCUGAGAGAGAGAGACGGAGAGAGAGAGAGAGUGAGUGAGCAUGCGUGUGUGUGAUUUGGGGUUACUAAUUUGUUGAGAAUUUCUCUCAGGUAAAAUUUGUGUUGCAUCAGUAGUUUAAGAAAAAAAAAACCACCUACUUCCUUAUAAUUCACUUGGAAAAACAAAAAGUGUUGGAAGUGGCAAAAUCCUUCUUGUAUUUUCUAUAUUUAUUAGAGUGGAAAUGCAUUCCAAUAUAUAUUACACUGUAAACAUGGUAACUGGUUGGGAUCAAGCCACAGUUGUGGUGUCCAGAUAUAUUAAUUAAUAAAUAUAUUCCUAUAUAUAAAUAUAUUCUUUUGUUAAAUAUAUCUAAUCUUGUAUUUAUCAGAUUCUUUAUAAUGAAACGUGAAUGUAAAGUAUUUUAAAUGUAGGCUGUCUACUGUAAUAUUAUGUGUUCAAUGUAUGUAAAGGUGAAACUAAUAAUAAUAAUAAUAAUAAUAAUAAUAAUAAUAAUAAUAAUAAUAAUAAUAAAAAUAUGUUCUAUGUAACUGGGGUGGUUCUUCCAUGAGAAGGUAAACUGAUCAGCCUGGUGUUUCUGAGCAAUGUUUACAGAUUGAGUGCAAAUUCCAUUGUCCUGUUCAUAGCUGAUAGAUAUCUAUGAUGAAGUUAAAAUACGCACACUAUUACAAUAAAGAGGUUUCCACACAACAAAAACAAUGUGGAGG